GAUGACAUUAAUAUACCCGGAAAUAACGGCAUCCGAGAUCAGGUACAGGCGCUCCGAUGGAUCAGUGAGAAUAUCGGCGCCUUUAACGGCAACUCCCAGAACGUGACGAUCAUGGGUCACGACGCCGGUGCCAUAUCCGUGUCCAUGCAUGUGCUCAAUCAGGAUGCCUGGCCCUACUUUCAAUCGGCCAUAUCGAUCGGUGGGACGGUAUUCACUCCCUGGGCGUUCAAAGACAACCCCAAAGACCAGGCCAUGAACUUCGCCUCAUUCUUCGGGUGCGACGUCCGGUCGGACCAUAUGCUGGAGUGCCUCAGAAAUAUCGACAGGAAUGCAAUGAUGGGUAAAUCGCGGGACAGGGACUACGACCGCAACGUUCAGCCCUAUUGGUUCAGACCAGUGGUCGACCGAAACCUCACCCAAUCAGCC